UCUAUUUUGAAUGACGUGAUCUACGUACCGCGCACCCAGCGAAAAUCUGACGGAGUCGAACAAAAAGUUAGCUACCUACGUAGCUAUUUUGGAUCAUGUUGCAGAAUGCCGGCAGACGGGUAAUUUCAAUAUUUCGCAGCUUUCAGAAAGGGAGUAGUUAUGUGUCUUUGUCACAAGGAGUCAGACCACUGCAGGUACCUUCAGCCAGGACGUUGACGGACGACGUGAAGGACAGUCCAGAGAGGCAGCUGUUUGAUACUUCCUUACUGGAGUUUCUUGUUUGUCCACUAUCAAAAAAGCCAUUGAGGUACGAAGAGAAGACCAACGAACUGAUUAACGACGAGCUUGGCAUUGCAUAUCCUAUCCUCGAUGGCAUUCCCAACAUGAUACCGCAAGAUGCCAGGCUGAUUCGUAAGGAUGUAGGAAAAAAGGAGGAACCAACGGAAGCAUAAGCCAGAGACCUACAUCGAGUGAUCAUUAGACUGAGAACUUUGCACUGAAACCUUUACGCUAUACCAAAAUG